AUGGCCCCAGGUCGGUUCAACGAGGAAACCUCUGUCCUAAGUCCCCAAGGCAAUCCUACAACUCAACAUCGAUCAAUAGAGGAUGUUUCUAACGAAAAGCCUAACACGAACUUCAAAGCAUCUUUCUGGAGUAGAUGUCAUGAUAGAUGGUUCUUUGUCGCUUUCAUCGUUGAAAUCACGCUAUACUUCGUAUUGAGCGUAUAUGCGAUUUUUGAAUUUUCGCAGAAUUACGAUGAGAUAAAGAAGGAUGGGACCAGCGGGGGUGAUAGGGAUAAUGGAAGUACGACUAAGGUAGAUACGGGGGAUAUCGAUGAGGCUUUGACUGGCGAUACGACGUAUAUGCUUUUGGGUGCUACAGGACUAGCUUUGAUCCUAAACUUUCUUCUGCUCUUUUUCAUCCGGAAGUUCCCAGAAUUCGUCAUUUGGUCAGGCCCAGUGAUGGCUGUAAUCUUCUGUCUCGCUGCAGCUGGAGAAAAGAGUGAAUCAUGGUAUGCCUUUAAGAAGGCUAGUUCCACAUCAUUAGGCUCAGUGGCCUUUGGAAGUUUGUUAGUUGAGCUGGUGGAAACACUAGCUCUCAUCAUCAAAACGAUUAGUUUAGGGCUGUGCGGAUCAAGUAUAUUCACAUGCUGCUGCUUCUGUAUUAUCAAUAUUAUCGAAGGGCUGUUAGAACUUUUCAAUAAAUACGUUUACGUCAAGAUAGGUGUCGAUGAUUUUCAAUAUGGCUUCAUUCCAUCGGCGAAAGAGAUCAUCCACAUCGUGAAGAAGAAGAAAGGCGAUCAAAGAGUCGGUCUAAACGCCAUGAUUACGGAUUGUUUAGUUGGUUUUUCCCUCCACACGACAUGUAUAGCAUGCGCUAUCGUCUGUACAGGGGCAACCUACGUCUACACGAUCAUCAUUGAUGGAACGGCCAAAGUGGACGACUGGUGGGAUUGGUUGAUCUUGGUAUACAGUUUUAUUUUGGCUUUGAAUAUCGGUUUAGUCCUCACCUCAGCUCUGGAGGCCGGAGUAUCGACCAUCUUGAUUUGUCUCGAUAAGGAUCCAAGCAAAUUGAAAGACAAAAACCCAAGGUUUUACGAUCGUUUGAAAGAGCACGAAGCGUAUGGUAUCUAUCGUGCAUUGUUGGACGAGGAGAACUGA